GCUGCUCAGUGUGUGUGUGUGUGUGUGUUUGUGUGUGGAUGUGUUUGUGCCUGUGAGCGUGUGGAUGUGUGAGUGCGAGUUUGGAUGCAAAUGUGUUCUCCCAGUGUGGAGCAGCCAGAUUGCAGGUGCAGUCUGCCACAAGAAAGAUUCAUCUCCAGCUAGAGCCCAGGGCUGAUCCUCAUCUGGCAUUUCGGGGCCGGUGGAUGGAAUCGCCGUGUUAGCCAGCAGUUUUAAAGCUCUUGUGCUGCAACAGUUCUUUCUGAUUGUCUCAGGGAACAUUGUGGACUGAGGCCAGUAUUGUGAAUGAUAUUGAAAAGCAGACCAACUCCAUGGCGGGCUGCGGAGAUUUGUGCAUGACCCAAAUGAGAGGGGAACCACAGCAGCAGCAGCGCUAUGGAGUACGAUCCUAUCUGCACUUAUUCUAUGAGGACUGCACUGGCUCAAUGCUGGAGGAUGAUGAGCCAGAUGAGCUGAACAGGCAGCGCUCCUCCGGUGGCUGGCGGUCAGCCCUCUGGAAGGUGGGCCUGUCAGCAGGGACCAUCCUCUUCCUCGUUGGCCUAGCAACAGUCACUACCGGCUACCUGGUGCCCCCGAAGAUCGAAGGUAUCGGGGAGGCUGACUUCCUGGUGGUGGACAGGCGUGCCAUUGAGUAUAAUGAGGCGCUGGAGGUCAGCAAGCUGGUCGGCGCCAUCCUCUUCAGCAUGGGAGGAACGGCAAUCGCAGUGUGCAUUCUGGUUCUGACCCUUUCCAGGCACGCCCCCAGAGACGAAGAGAGACAGUUUUCACCCAUUCUAAAGGGAGGCCCACUUGAAACAAAGCACAAAAUGGCUGUAAAAACUGGGUUGCCAGGGGACACCCAAAUCCCUGUUAGUUUGUCAAGAGUACAAAGCAUCCAACCCAAGACAGGAACCUGAGGGGCCAGUGCCCAAGCCCUUUAUGAAACAGGUCUCCUUUACGAUGUGAAUUCCAGUGUGAAGUCUUGAUCAAAUGGUCACACUUUCAUCGAUAGGCUUUAAGAGGUGUUUCCUUACUAAUGUGAAAAGAUUUCUGGCUGAUCUGAAUAUUCAGGGCCCCAGCCCUUUCCUAUCCCCAAUCCUGCAUUUCACUAAUCCAAGGGUGUUUCAAUUUAACAUCUUUAUCAGCAAAAUCUGCCAUCUUGAUUUUUUUUUCUGUUCUCUUGCACGUUCUUAAUUUCCAACACCACCACUGGCACUCAUAUCUUCCACUACCUGGGCUCUAAACUCUGGAAUAAACACUGGAAAUCUGAAAUUGAUGGAGAAACCCAGUGGG